AUGCUGCGCCCCACCCUAGCCACACCCCUGCCCGGCUCCUUGGUGGCGUCACAAAGCCGCUACCCCGGCCACACGUGUCCUCCCCUGACCGCUGUCUCUCUGCCCCUGUGUCCGGGUGCUGCUGCAGUUCACACACACGGCAGCCGGCUGGUUGAGUCGAGUAGCGCAGCCUCCAGAAGCAGUACUGGGGAGGGGUGUGGCUCCCCCUGCAGGAUUCCCUCGACAGUGCAACUCAAAAAGCAGCAGAGCGAGGCCAUGGAGGAGGAGCGAGGGCCCCUUAAAGGGAAGGGCCCGGGGAAGCAGCCCGCUGGCGCUGCUGCCCUUAGAGGGAAGGCUAAACCGGCCCGCGGUCGCAAAGCUGCCUCGGCCAGGAAGGCGCCACCAGCGCUGGAGGAAGAGGAGGAGCUGAGGAAGGAGGCCCCCGGAGGGGCCCGGAGCGAGCCCCAGGCGAGCGUGUGUCUCGAGUGCCACAUCACCUUCAGCGACCCCAAAGGCCAGGAGCGCCACCUGAAGAAGCGUCACCCCGCGGAGUACGAGCUCCACGUGCUGGGCGGCUCUCUCUUCACGUGCUACGUGUGCGACCGCGCCUUCCCCUCCUCGCGGGAGCUGCUGACCCACCAGCGGGGCCACACCGAGGAGAGGCCCUUCCAGUGCCCGGUGUGCGGGGCCAGAUUCGGACGCUCCUCCGAGCUGACCGCCCACAAGAGGACCCACUUCGGGCAGCUGGGCUACGCGUGCGCGGAGUGCGGCAAGCCGUGCAAGACGCUGACGCUGCUCAAGUACCAUCGGCGCACGCACACCGGGGAGAGGCCCUACCUGUGCCCGCAGUGCGGCAAGAGCUUCAGCCAGUCCUCCUUCAUGCAGCGCCACCUGCGCUCCCACGCGGAGGAGCAGGGAGCAGGGGGGGAGAGCGGCAAGGGGAAGCCGCAGAAGAGGAAGAGGAAGAGGAAGAAGGGCGGGGAGAAGGAGGAGGAGGAGAGAGCUAUCCCCACUGCCAGUCUGGAGGCCCAGUGCUUCCAGUGCUCCCAGUGCCUGCUCGCUUUCCCGGACCCGCAGACGGCCGAGCAGCACGUGAAGAGUCAGCACCCCGAGGUGGCGCACCCCCCCGGCUCCCCCCAGCACAGUCAGGGCAGCCUGCCCCCCUGUGGAGAGCAGGGGCACUGUGUCGGGCUGGAGUCAGGGGGAGGGGAGGAGGGAGAGAUGCAGGCUGCUGUGACGGAUGACAGCCAGCCCUCCUGUAGCAGUACAGUCUGCCCCCUUCAGCGCCAGCCCUGUGAUCUCUGCCUGAACCACGAGCCCCCCUCACACUGCAGCCCGGACUCCCUGACCGAGCCUGACACCCCCCUCCCCCUGGCCCUCGACCUCGCCCCGAGCCGGGAGACAAGUCGCAGGUUCUUCUGCCAGGUUUGCGGGGAGCGCUUUUACCAGGAGCCCAGUCUCCAGCAGCACCAGCUCAGCAACCAGCACUGGACCGAACCGGGCCAGAACCAGGGAGGGGGGGCGGCAUCAGGAGGAGAAGGGGGGCCCCUCUCUGAACUCUCACUGCAGGACUGCCUGGAGGAAAGUCUGGGAGGGAACCGAGCCAGCGGUGGUGCGGACGGGUCGGGGUUCGAGGGGAGAGGAGUGGAGAUCGAGGAGGGGUGGGGGGGGGAGGACCGCCCGCACGGACCGGGAGAGGCGAUGGUGGAGAGGGGUCCGCAACUGGGGUCCGCUGAGGAGGGAGGAGGAGGAGGGCGGCUACAGGGAGUGCGGAGUCAGGGAGCCGAGUUGAGGGAGUCGGGAGGGGGUGCGUCUGAGCUAGGGGCCAGGGGGGAAGCCAAGAGAGAGAGGGUGAAGCAAGAGCUGGAUCUGGGCGUGAAAGAGGAGGGGGGGGGCGACCAGCAGCCCGUCUACUGCGAGAUUCUGCCCGCGUCCGAGCCCUCCUGCCUGGGGAGCGGCGAGCCGGAGGAAGGGGCCGCGGAGGUGAAGAAAGAGGAGACCCCCGAGCUGGGGGAGGGCUGCUUCUAUUUGGGGACCCCCGAACUCCGCUUCUUCCACCUCCCGGAUCUGCAGGAGCAGCACGGCAGCAUGGCGGGGGUGGAGUGGGGCGCAACAGGCAGUGGGACUGGGUUCGGGAGGAGACACCGGCCUGGGAGAGGAGCCCGGGGAGAGGGGGAAGGGGAGGGGGUCGCCCUCGUGGUUUUAAGACAGGACGAAUCGGAUUCAGCCCUCGGGAGACUCCGCAGAGAGAGAGAGCCUCCUCGGAUAAAAGAGGAGGAAGAGGAGGAGGAAGGUGUUUUUUUCAGCCUUUCCAGUGUCCUGGAGCAUGGGUGUGAAAACCAGCCACGCUCACUCCGAGGGAGCCCGACGCGGACCCUGGACCCCGAGCCGGGCGCCCCCUCCCCAGGACGGCUCAUUGAAGUGGAGGAGGGGAGGGCUGAUGAACCGACGACUACGGGUCCAUCCUGA